AUGCUCUAUCUAAUUCUUCAAGCGAUAUUUUUAUACGGCUUAUCUUUCGCGUUCUGGCGGGUAGUCCGCCAGUACAUCGUAAAGACAUCUUUGGAUAACAUCCCAGGACCUCCCUCUCCAUCGUUCUUCCAAGGAAACUUUCGGCAACUUUUUACGAUUUACGGUUGGGACUUCCACAAGGACAUCGCAGCGAAGUAUGGAGGAGUAGUCAAGGUUAAGGCGCUUUUUGGUGAAAACCAGCUCUACGUAUUCGAUCCAAAGGCUUUGCACCACAUCGUUAUCAAGGACCAAUACAUCUAUGAAGAAACAUCGGCAUUCAUACAAGGAAACCUUCUGCUUUUCGGUAAAGCGUUGAUGUCUACCCUAGGGGACUACCACCGCCGGCAAAGGAAAAUGUUCAACCCAGUAUUUUCUGUUGCGAAUAUCCGUGAGAUGGUACCCGUAUUCUACAGUGUAACUCAUAGACUUCGGGACUCCAUUGCGAAGAAGGUCAGCAACGGUCCCCAAGAGAUUGACAUGGUUUCGUGGAUGGGGCGAACAACGCUUGAGCUGAUAGGCCAGAGUGGAUUUGGAUACUCCUUUGACACUCUUGCAGAAAACGUCACCCCAAAUCCAUACAGUGCAGCGAUGAAAAGUUUAGGGUCGGCUGCCAUGAAGAUGGUGUUCGUUCAAGAAUAUUUGUACUAUGUCACCAAGAUUGGUAGCCCACAAUUUCGCCGCUUCAUCAUCGACGUGCUUCCGUGGAAGGCCAUACACGACGCGCGCGACAUCGUCGAUACGAUGCAUAAGACAUCCUUAGAAAUCUUCGAAUCAAAGAAGAAGGCAUUGUUGGACGGGAACGAUGUCGUGGCGAGGCAGAUCGGGCAGGGUAAGGACAUUAUGAGCAUGCUGAUGAGAGCCAACAUGGACGCAUCAGAAGAGGAUAAACUGGACGAAGAUGAACUUAUUGCACAAAUAACGGCCUUGACAUUCGCCGCCGUGGACACAACGUCGAGCGCACUAUCUCGUUCGCUCCAUUUACUAGCGCAGCACCCAGAAAUACAAGAAAAAUUACGCCGUGAAAUCACCGAGGCCCGUGCCGAGAAUGGAGACCUCCCUUACGAUGAACUGAUUUCUCUACCAUUUCUUGAAGCGAUUGUUAGAGAAACUCUUCGUCUCUAUCCUCCGGUGUCAUUCCUGACUAGAACGUGCGCGCGAGUCCUCACUCUGUUUUUUCAUUGUCGUCAAGUCUUUCUGACGGUGUCUUUGUAUAGGACGCGGCAGGACAUCAUACUGCCUCUCUCUAAGCCUUUGAGAGGUCUCAACGGAAAGGAGAUCUAUGAAAUAUUGGUCCCCAACAACACAAACCUCUUUAUAUCAAUUAUCGAGGCUAACCGGAACCCGGACAUUUGGGGCCCCGAUGCGCUUGAAUGGAUCCCGGAGCGGUGGCUUUCUCCUCUUCCCUCAUCUGUCUCCGACGCGCAUGUCCCAGGCAUCUACUCGCACUUGAUGACGUUUCUUGGAGGAGGGCGGGCUUGCAUCGGCUUCAAAGUUUCGCAAAUUGAAAUCAAGGUCGUGCUGUCACUUUUGAUCGAGUCUUUUCGCUUCGCUCCCUCCAAAAAGGAGAUAUUCUGGCAAAUGACCACUGUUGCUACGCCGACUGUGGUUGGCGAGGGCAUUAAAAUUCAACUUCCACUUCACGUUAGUAGGGUGUAA